UAACACUAGAAGAUCAGGAGGACUGAGUGCUGAACCUAGUCCUGCUCCUUCUAGAACAGCUUCAAGAUCUGGUACCCUUCAAAGACAACCGUCUUUACCUGCCAGCAUUCAACCGGUCAGCUUGCAGCCGGUAACCCAGCCCGGUCAUCCUAUGGCAGGUCGACCUCUUCCUCCUCCUCCUCCAGUCCCAGUUCAGACAGGUACCCCUCCUCCAAUACUACCGAAGAAAUCUGCAUCUCUGGCCCAAAUGUCAACUUUAAACAGACCCAGGCCUACACCACAGAGUAUUCCUAUGCCGGGUGCUGGUCGACCCACAGCUACAGGAGGAGUAGGGGGAGCCGGUGAACACAGCAGAACCGGUUCUACCAGGGAACAGUGGACCAGUCCUAAUAUGGCGUAUCCGAAGAAAAUAUCCAACUCAUCCCAGUAUCCCUCAAUGUAUCCGGCCCAGGGAUCAAUGUAUCCAAAAUCCAGCAAUGGAUAUUCAAGUAACAAUAAUGGAUAUCCAAGUAAUAAUAAUAUAUAUCCAAACAAAGCAAGCGGAUAUCCCGGAGGUAGGAUAUAUCCACAGACCAAGUAUCCGCCCAACCAACAGUAUCCACUAACAAGUGCCAGUCCCUCCUACCCAACAGCCCAGCAGAUCACUAACGCAGCCUAUCCUGGCUCCUCACUACAACUUGCAGGUUUCCCAGCUCAAACCAGUUAUCCAAGUUUUGGCGGGAAUCUAGAUAUGCCACGUGGUGAGGUGCCCCCAGGCGGAACUGGAGACUGGAAUGGGAAUGGUUGGACAGCAGGAGGACCUUCUAAUUAUCAUGAAGACAUCUCAUUUCCAUCUCAGCCCUCGGAAGACUAUCCCCCAGGAGGAACAGGAGCUAAAGGUUCCAGAAGAAGUUCUAGGGGUGUAACCAAAGGAAGAUUUGCUAACAGGGUUAAUCGAUCCUCCUCAUUGCAUGACUUGGCAAGAGCAAGAUUAGACCCUAGCAUGGAGUCAUCGGAAGGAGUUCGUUGGAGAGACGAGAUGUCCAAUGUUCCUGGUUAUCCAAAUCCAUCCCUCGGGUUCCAAAGAGCAACCUCCACGAAGAGUUUGCACAUGUUGGGUGGUGGUGGUGGAGAUGGAAGACUGUGGAACAACAACAACAACAAUAUGUGGUCAAACAACAAUCUACCCUUUAAUAUUCAGCAUGGACAAUUUCCUUCAAUAGUUCCAGGUUGGGGUGGAAUGCCAGGCAUGCCAGGCAUGCUGGGAGUUGGGGGAGUUAGUUUGAACCGGAGCAUGCAUGAGCUAAACAAGGCAUACUUACGUUCCUCCUCCCCUAGUGAAAGCCAGAAAUCCUCAAGAUCUAAGAAAUCAAACCGUUCUAACAAAUCCGGGAACUCUAGACGAUCAAAAUCCAUCAGACAUAAGGAAAGAACAAGACACAACUCUAGCAGCCAGUCUAGGAAUGCCUCUAGAAACGCCUCCAGGAACUCGAAGAAAACACGUGGAGACCGGGAUAGAUCUGCUUCAACAGAUUCGGAGGAUUUUUUCACAGGAGAAUCAGAUGAAGAAUUUGUUUCAUUAUCUUCACACAGUGACAAGUCCCCCAGGGCGUCCUGGACUUGUGAGCACUGUACGUACAUGAACAACCCUGGUGUACGGGUAUGUACAAUGUGCAGCAGAACAACUAAACUAGCUCUUAGAGAUGAGAAACCUGGAAAGAAAGAAAAAGUCCGGAAACUCCGGAAGAAGUUUGACAGUUCAGAUUCGGAGCUAGAAAGAAAAGAGAAGAGAAGAGAGGAAGUGGGGAAAAAGGAGAGAAGAAGAGAUGAGGGAGAUAAGAAGGAGAAGAGAAGGGAGAAGAAAAACUACUCGGAAAGUGAAAGUGAAGAGGAGAAGGGAAGGAGAAGGAGAGAGAAAGAAAAAGAAAAGAAAGGGAAGAAGAAACUUAGUGAAAGUAAUGAGAGUGAUAUUGAUGAUGCUAUUGCUACCUACUAUGCUGUGAGAAUGGAUAAAAAUAAGGGCAUGAGUAUGAACCCUGUGUACGCCGAUUCUUCUAGUGAGUCUACAGGAAACGUCAAAUCUACAAAAAGACCAAACCCUGAUGCACCAGCCCCUGCUAAGGGAAUUCUCAAAAAAGCUUCCUCCAAUCCCUCAUUGAACAAAUUGGAGGCAGGAUCAGAAAUGGGAGGACCCAUUUCGGAGGCAGGAGGCACAAUUUCGGAGGUUGGAUAUAUAACUAAUAAGCUGACCGAAAGGUUAAAAGCUCGAGGAGCCCUCAUGUCGCCAAAACCAAAGGAGGAGAGUAGGUGGGUUGAGGAGAACUGGACGAGGCAGAAGGAAGAGUUGAAGGCCUGGGCACAGAACCAGGGAAACCAGUCCUAUCGAUCAGAGCAUAUCCCCCAGCACGGACAUUUGGAUAGUGGAGUAGAGGACAGAUUGGAUGGUAGAAUGGAUGGUAGAAUGGAAGGGUAUUUAGAGGGUCGAUUGGAUGAAAGAAUGGAAGGAAGAAUGGAGGGGAAAAUGUACAGAACUUUGUCAGGACAUUCCUUGGCAGAGCCUGAGCUUAUGGCACAAAACUUUGCCCGAAGAGGUUUAGAGCAGGUAAAUGGAAAACGAAACUUUCGGUCUAAACGGUUCUCCCGGAACCUUGAACCAAGCUUGAAGCGAGCACAAUCCUUUCACAUGGAUCAAAGACUGGAUGGAGAAAACUGGAUGGAUCAACAAAGGAGGACAUUUUACCGCGCUAACAGUAAGAACUCGAUAAACUCUGAGCACAUGGGUGGUCCAGCUGAGAGCUAUUUGGCCGGUCAAACAGACAGCUCAGAUGUUGAGGAACCGGUGACAUUCAUGUCAACUGUCACAAGCUCCACCAGAGGGCCAGGAGGUAUUGGAAGUUAUCUUUCCCGUCGGGAGUUUGGUAGCAAUGAAGUCCAACCAGGGCCUGAUAGUGGCUAUGUUAGCCAUAGUAGUGGAGGAGGCUACCCUAAACUACAGGUUCAGAACAAGAAUACAAUCAAAUCCUUCACAUUAUCCAUGGACAGAGGUUUCCUUGGUGCUCCACCUCCAAAUCUCAAGUCCGGUAUGUCCGGUAGUAUAUCUGACUUUGCGAGAUUCCGAUCCAUGGAAGAUUUGACAGUUGGAAAGAAAGAAUCAAAUUCUAGUAUACAGCUUGUCCAAAUUCUUAGGGAUGCCGAGGAGUUUGGAUUCUCUUCAAUUGAUAUUCAGGUAGCAGCAGUACACUGUGGAGCUGGUAACCCCGUGGACUGGUUGAAUGAGAACUGGGGAAACAUGAUUGAAACUGUGAUGACUUUGGCCAGCAAUGUGGGACAUGAAGCUGAGGAGAAUACUGUAGGAACUAUCUCCAAAUUGGAGGCUCGUGAGGCACUGAGGGCCAACAAAGGAAACAUAUGGGUGGCGGUGACAGACUGUGUGGAGACCCGGCAGAAGAAGUAUGAUGAUUUAAUGAGCCGGGGUAAGUUCUCCAGAGAGGAUGUUGUAACCAUGCUAACUGCUCAUCAGGGUGAUACUGAAGCUGCAUUCCAGGAGCUGAAUAAAUCUCAACUGAAGACAUUUCUGCAGAGAAUCCGUGCCGGACCCCAGGAGGCUCCAACAAACCAAGAAGAGCUUGAAGAUUUUGAGGAUGCAACAUCAGAAGCAGAGAUUGAAGAACCUGAACAUAAAGCUGAAGUAGAUCAAGAAGAGGAAGAGGAGAAGGUUGUUCAACAAAUUGUUCAUGAAGUUGUCUCACCAGAACAAUUACAGCUGGAGAGGCAAGUGCGCAGACUCCUAGCAGAACAGAAGGUUAAAUCCUUUCAACAAGGGGAGAUCAUUCUCAGAUUGAUAGAUGAAGGGUUCCCUGAAGAUGAAUGUUUACUAGCAGCUGAACAAGCUUCUAAAGCAGCUGAUACUGAAGGAACAGCUGAAGAUCUAAAUGCUGUCGCAGACUUUAACACUGCUCUAAAUCUACUAAAGCGUGAUUGCGAGUUAUGUGCCACGCAAAUGAACAUAAAACAGAUUGUUCGUAUGGUUGCUUGUGAACACUGUUGUUGUUCAACAUGUGCCACAAACUUCUUCUCAAUCCUAAUCAAGGAUAAAAACAUCUCACAGGCAGUAUGUCCGUUCUGUGCAGAGCCUAGUGAUCUUCAAGAUGAUGAUGUUGCACUUGAGUAUUUUGCAAAACUAGAUAUACUGCUUAAGGAUAUACUGGAGAAGGAUAUUCAUGAUCUGUUCCAAAGAAAGCUCCGAGAUAGAACAUUAGCGAAGGAUCCAAAUUUUAAAUGGUGCUACAAGUGUCCGUUUGGUUUCCUAGCAGAUCCUAAGAACAAGAAGUUAGUGUGUCCCGACUGCCGAGCUAUGAGCUGCGCUAAAUGCCUGGCACCCUGGGAACCAACCCACGAGGGUAUCACGUGCCAAGACUUUGCCAGAUGGAAGGAAGAGAAUGAUCCUGAUCAUCAAGCAGCAGGACUCGAACAGCAUCUAGCUCAACAUGGUAUUUCUUGUCCUGCUUGUAACUUCAGAUAUACACUUACUAAAGGAGGAUGCAUGCACUUCACAUGUACACAGUGUAAGUUUGAAUUCUGUAUUGGAUGUAAGCGCCCCUUUAAACUGGGGACAAGGUGUGGGAAGGAUCCAGGGUGUGCUAAACUAGGAUUACACGCACACCAUCCCAGGAACUGUUUAUUCUACCUGAGGGAUAAGGAACCAGAGGAUCUUAGGAAAUUACUCAAGGUCCAGUUCUUUAAAUACAUCCUUAUAUCUAUUUACUUAUCAACUCAAUAAUUUAGCAAUUUUUUC